GACGGCACAGGCAAGCACGCCAGAGCAGCCGGAGAGCUACCAGCGCUAGGAAUCCAGCCUCGACCCCAGUCACCUCUAGAGCGCCGCGACGCGCACCCCUGCUUCCCCUGCACCCGCCCAAUGUACUUGUACGCGACACACGGAUCCAAGUCUUCGCACACGUUCUGUAUUCGCUUAGUAGUAGCGCUGCGUGUGGUCGAACUCGUAGUAGCCCUGCGGCUGCGCAGGGGCAAAGGAGGACGGGUGGUGCUGCGGGUGGCCGGGCAGCGGCGCGUGGGCCUGCUGCUGGCCCGACGGCGGCGGCUGCUGUGGCUGCUGCUGCUGGUAGUAGUGGGUCGUGCCGCUGGGCGGGCCGUGCAUGUAGGCGGCGCCGCCCAUCGGGUCGUCGUACUCGUACGGCUCGGGCGUGCCGUAGGGGUAGGCCAUCAUGCCGUAGUCGGAGCCAGGCCCGGAGGGGGCGUGCUGCGGCUGCUGCAUCGCGUACUGGCCGUAGUACGCCGGGUACGCCGAGCCGCCGCCGGGCGCGCCGUUGUACUGCUGCUGCUCAUGCAUCGGCGCCGGGCUCGACGUGCGCGACGAGCCGGGCUGGAACGCAGCGACGCGCGCCGCACUGGCCGGGAUGGAGCUGUGCGUGCGUCCGUGCGAGGGCCGCAGCGCCGCGACCGGGCCCUUGGCUGUUUGCUCGAAGCGGCCCUCGGGCGAGUGCCGGCUGGUCGGCGGCGACUGGUGAGGCGGCAUGUCGCGCGAGUCGGCACGCUGCAUGUGCUGCGCGGACUGCGACUGCGACGCCUGCGCCUGGCUCUGCUGUUGCUGCUGUUGCUGCUGCUGCUGGAGGCGCUGCAUCUGCAUCUGGUUCUGCUGCAUCUGCUGCUCGCGCAGCGCCUGUUGCUGCUGCUGCAGCGAGUACUGCUCGUGGCCCGACUGCGGCGCGUAGUAGCCCACGCCGGCAGGCAUGCUCGGCGGCGGCACGCUUGGCGGCGGAGCACGCGGCGCCAUGAGGUUCUGCAGGUGGCCGACGGGCACGGGCGUGCCGGAAGUGAGGUCGUACACGACGCCCGAAUUGUCGACGACGUAACCGGGCGGCAGAGCGGAAAGAGCAGGCAGCGGCGGCGGAGUAGGCGCGGUGACGGGCACCGGAGCGGGAGCGGCACGAGACGGAAGCUUGACGCGAGGCUCGGCCGGAGCGGCGCCAUCAGGCGCGGCAGCGGCGAGCGCGGACGCAGCUUCGCGAGGGUCCGUUGCAUCGGCGUCAGAUGCGACCGCGGUGGAGUCUGUGGCGCUCGAGAGGUCUGCCGGCAGCGCAGCCAGCUUGCUGCUCAGCGCAUCGACACCGACGCGGCCGCCGCGAUUGCCGCCACGACCGCGGCCGCGACCACGUCCGCGAGCCGACUCGCGCGCCUGGAGUGCCUCGAAGCCGUCGUGAAUCCACUUGCUGUUCUCGGCACGCGCAUCGAGAGGCGCAGCGGUCGUGCUGGACGACGCAACAGCCUCGGCCUGACCCUUUGGCGGAGCGUCGUUGGACUGCGCAGCAGCAGCGGGAGCAGCCGCAGCAGCAGCCUCGCGCAUGGCACGCGGAGCAGUCGGCGGAGGCGGGCCGUCCCACUUGACGACAGGCGGCGCAGAUGUGACGGGAGCCGGAGGCCGGGCCGCAGCAGGAAUCUUGCGCACUGCGCGCCCGGCCAGCGCGUCCUCGUCGACGCUCGCCGCAUCCUCCUCGUCGCUCCAGCCCAGCAUGCCGCCACGCACCUCGCCGCUGCCGCGCACGACGGAGCCGCCGCGCCCGCCGCGACCUCCACGCGCGCCGCGGGCCGCACCUCGAGGGGCCGGAGCGCCGCGCGGUGCUCCUCUGCCGCGCGCGAAGCCGCCUCGCGAGGCGCCGUCGAGCUCCGGAGCAGGAGCAGCCGCGUUGUGGCCAUAGGCAGGCGCUGCACCGCCGCGGUAGGCUCCACGGCCGCGGCCGCGCCACCACUCGCUGAGGCCGCGCAGCUGCGGAGCCAGCAGACGGUCGUCGUGGCUCCACGAGGGGCCCACGCGCGGCACGGCUGUCGGGUCGGCGGCCAGGCGCGCCCGGUAGCCCGCCAGGGUGCCAGGGUUGCGCGGGCCCGACGGCGGCGCCGCUUUGCCGUCGUCCUCGGCCGCUGGGUCGGUGCGCGUGCUGGACUCGGGCGAUGCGGCGCCCUCGCGCUCUCCACGCGCGCUGGCGGCGCCACGACCUCCGCGACCUCGACCGCGGCCACGUCCGCGGCCGCGAGCGGGAGCCUCACCGGCGUGAGCAGCUGUCGGCGACACAGGCGCGCCGUCUUCGACGAGCUCGCUCCACGAAGCAGCGGCUGGCUCGGCGGGCUUGGAGCUCGCGCCGGCAGAGGCCUCGCCGGAAGCAGACGGUGCUGCGACUUCCUCAUCCGACGCGCCGGCCUCAUCAUGCUGCUCAUCGUCGUCGUCGUCCUCGCUGUCGUCAUCGGCAGAGUCGGAGUCGGACUGCGACGAGGCGGACGAGGCCUCAGCGGCGCCAGCAGCCUCGUCGCCGCUGGCCUCGUCCUCGCCCUGCCCGCGGAAGCGUGGCACGGCGCGAGCGCGAGGCUUACGCGCGCUCUUUUGGGCCUUUGCAGGCUUUGCGGAAGACGCCGGAGCGGCCUCGGCGGGUGGUGCUGUGGAGUUGGAAGGUGCGGAAGUACAGUCGUCCGGUGCGGUUGCAGUGCUGGCGUCGGCGGGCGGCUGCGCGCCCUCUGCGGCGGCCGGCUCAGCGCGCUGGACGGGAACGGAGAUGCGCGAUGCCGAGGGCUUGCGGCGCAGCGUGGCGGCCGCGGGCGCCGGUGAGGGCGGAGCGAGGGACAUGGCGGCAAGCGUAGGUACGCGAAGGCGAAGGGUCUAGAAGAAGCGGAAGUGGCGCAGCGUGAGGGAGAAGUGUGUCGUGACGAGAGAGAGAGUUGGCGCGAGAGCAAGUGACGGGACGUGUAGCGAGAGAGCGAUGGGUGGCCGGAGGUCGAGUGAGCUGGGAGUGGCGGAGCGAAGGCAGGGCGCGAAGAUGCGGCGGCAGCGCAGCAAGGCGCAGCGAAGCGUCACCUCUUGACGCGCGGCCGGCCUCCUCACGCCGCGGCGCGGAAGAUGAGGC